AUGUGGUGGGAUGCAAACACGAUCGAGCAAACUGUAACGAAACAGUUUGUUCAAGGCCGGCUCAAACCCCAAGAGGCCAAGCGCCUCGAUCAAAUGCCCAGCUUUGGCGAGGCCUUAACUGACAGAACUUACUGGGAGUUCAUAGACUCAAGCUGCAAGAAAUUAUUCCUCUGGCUCGAUGACGUGGGAUUUCCAAACCAGAUCUUUGAGCUCAUCGAAAUGGCGUACGACGAUGACGAUCUCCCAUUCUCACUUAAAGAAGUACAACAUCUGAAAUUAACACCCACCAAGAACGAAAGGAUGGAAACGAAAUUCCACGGUCGGCAAUACAAGUACCUCUUGCGCCACUUGGACAAGGCUAGCCAUAUCGACUAUGCAGACCCAGAAUUGGUUCCGUUCUAUAUUGAGGCGAAGCAGAUUGCAGGACAAGGUCGCCAUGUCGACAAGGUCACCCUACCGAACCAGCCCGAGAGAGUGUUUUGCCGCUGUCAGAUCCGUCUUGGUACUGACUAUGUCGACCGGGCAGAGUUUAGGUCUGGGAUCAACGGCAUAAGGGGCUUGCAAAACGAGCAUAUGUUGUCGUACUGGGCAUCUUACACGCAUCAGGGAUACGGGUACAUCCUGUUCACACCAGCUCCCGAGUUCAGCCUCAAGUCGCUCCUUACCACCAUGCCCAGCUCUUUGAAGAAGCUCGACAAGAAAGUACUCCCGCAGGUAGUCAUGAACUGGAUACUCUGUCUGGCGGAUACCGUCUGCUCGUUCCACGGCCAGGACCGCUCGCACGGAAACAUCAGACCCUCGACUGUGCUCUUUUCGAAGGACAACUUCGUCUUCCUCUCCGGGUUUACGCAAUUGCACAUCAAUGCUUUGAGCGACACCGCUGAAGGCACGUCAUCCGAUAGAGAGGCGUACGACUAUGGCGCCCCAGAGGAGGUGCCCAACUCACCCCACUCAUCGACAGUCUCACCCGGUCAGGCGGCAGGCGGCAGCAGCCACCAGGCGGCCGAACCUAAUCCCAAGGCUGCCGACGUUUUCUCGCUAGGUUGCAUAAUCCUCGAGCUUCUCAGUUUCUUGUUCGGGAAGAAAGGGCGGGCGUUCGCUGCACACCGAGCUGCAAAACACAGGGCCGCGGGCCGUGGCAGCCCCCUCCCAGACUCUUCCUUCCACGGCAACACUCGCCAAGUUGAGAUUUGGAUGGACCAAUUGGCCAAAGAUGCCGCAGAAAAGGACGAUCCGGUGUUUAAGGGUGUCACGCCAAUCCUCGAAGUGGUGGUGAAGAUGCUCUCGACCAACCCUUCGGACCGUCCGACCGCCGACUACGUCCGAGAAAAAAUCCGCCAAAUCGUCGUCGAGGAGUGUGGCAUGCCAGAGCCACACUGCCUGCGUCGCGGCAACAGCUGGGACUUUGGUGUGGACAGGAGAUUGAGCUCCAUUUCGAUACUUAGCUCCGGCAGCGGGUCGCAGCAUGUCAGCGAUAGCCGGAGCAGUACAGGAAGUGCGGGUAGCCCCAUUGCCAAGGCCUUCAACGCUAUCCUCCAAGGCGGAAGCGAGGAAGAAGUAGCUUCCAGAGCUAGGAAUGCAUCUCAGAGCAGCUACGACAGCGCACAGCACGCCCUGAAACACCUCGAGGGUGCCUCGUUUUUUCGCGAAUUCGGAUGA